CCCUGGCAGUUAUCUUAUAAAAUGGCCCUAGUCACCAACGUAUUGGUCUCCAAGCCAUCAUUGUCCAUCUCUCUGGCUACGAUAUCAUGGCCGCUCCAACCUCCAAGUCUUUUGAGAAGGCCACAUACGAGGACAAAUCUCCUCAUGUCGAUAGCCAUGAAGACCCAGAGGCACUCAAGGGGGAGGUCCAGCUGGGGCCCAACACGGAGACUCAUCGUGGGCUCUCCUCGCGCCAACUGCAACUGAUUGCCAUCGGUGGCUGUAUUGGCACCGGUCUCUUCGUCGGAUCGGGCUCGACUUUGUCGACCGUGGGUCCAGCACCGCUGUUCAUGGGGUAUUUGGCCAUGUCGUCGGUAGUGUGGUUUGUGAUGAAUAUGCUGGGUGAAAUGACCACCUACCUCCCUAUCAAGGGCAUCUCCGUGCCUUACAUCAUUGGGCGAUAUACUGAGCCUAGCCUUGGUUUCGCAGCUGGCUAUAACUAUUGGUAUUCGUUCGCUAUGUUACUCGCCAGCGAGGUAACAGCAGCGGGUAUCAUCAUAGAAUAUUGGACGACCAGUGUUAAUGUGGGCGUAUGGAUUGCAAUCGUGCUCCUUGUCAUUCUACUCCUCAACAUCGUCGCGGUUUCGUGGUACGGAGAAGCGGAGUUUGUUUUCGCAAUGCUGAAAGUCAUCGCUAUCAUUGGCUUGAUCAUCCUAGGCAUUGUUCUCUUCUUUGGAGGGGGUCCUAAUCACGAUCGCCUGGGAUUCCGAUACUGGCAGCAUCCCGGCGCAUUCAAGCCCUACCUGGUCGGCGGAAACACCGGUCGUUUCCUGAGCUUCUGGACAGCUUUCAUCAAAUCCGGCUUCUCCUUUAUCUUCUCUCCUGAGUUGAUCACGACAGCUGCUGGAGAGGUCGAAGCGCCCCGUCGCAACAUUCCGAAGGCAACGAACCGUUUCAUCUACCGAAUCUUCGCUUUCUACAUCCUGGGAACCCUAGUCAUUGGAGUCACUGUGGCCUACAACGACCCAAAACUCCUGUCCGCCGUGGCUGCCGGCAGCUCGACUGCCAGUGCCAGUCCGUUCGUGAUUGCGAUCCAGAAUGCAGGAAUCUCCGGCCUGAACCACGUCAUCAAUGCGGCCAUCCUAACCUCCGCCUGGUCCUCAGGCAACGCCUGGGUCUUUGCUGGCUCCAGAACGCUAUACUCACUCGCUUGCGGUGGCCAGGCGCCCAAGGUGUUCACCCGCUGCAACCGCAACGGCGUGCCCUGGGUGGCCGUCCUCGUCACCUGGACCGUAGGACUCUUGGCUUUCCUCAAUCUGUCCAACUCGGGAGCGACUGUCUUCUACUGGUUCACCAAUCUCACGACAGUUGGUGGUUUCAUCAGCUGGAUACUCGUCAGCAUUGCGUACUUGCGUUUUCGCAAAGCCAUGGCCUUCCACGGCAUGCUCGACUCCCUGCCAUUCAAGACCGCCCUUCAGCCCUACGGCGCAUACUACGUCAUCUUCACCGUCACGCUGCUGACCAUCACCAACGGCUACGCGGUCUUCUUCCCCGGCCAGUUCACGGCGGCUGAUUUCCUGGUUUCCUACAUUGGUAUUGUCUUCUUCUUGGUCUUUUAUGUGGGCCAUAAGCUGUGGUACCGAACCCCGUGGAUGACCAAGGUGUCCGAGGUUGAUGUGUUCACGGGUAAAGACGAGAUCGACCAGCUUUGCGAGAACGACUUUGAACGCAAGCCGCGCAAUUGGCUGGAGCGGGUCUGGUGGUGGAUUGCCUGACGUGACAGCAAUAUUAAAAGGGGUUUAGUAAUUUUUCUGC